AUGAAUGCUCGUAAGCCUAGAGACUGCAGCUUCAUAUGGGCAGGUAUUUGGACCGCAAAAGAGGCUCUCAGCAGUGGAUUUAGGUGGGUAGUGGGUGAUGGGAACGAUAUAGUGGCUGUUAAAGACCCGUGGCUUCGAAUGAAAAACAAUUUUCGGGUCGAUCAAAAUCAUAAUUACGAGGAUCGGAAUGCAGUAGUCUCAAAUUUUUUCUACCCUAACUCGAAACAAUGGGAUGUUAUGAAGGUGCAACAGCAUUUCUUACAGGAAGAUGCUAAGGCAAUAUUGGCAACUCGUGUUCCUCAGUGUAAUAGCAAAGACAGAGUUGUGUGGGCAAACUCUACCGAUGGUAUAUAUUCUGCCAAGGCAGGGUAUAGACUUUGGCAUGCUCUCAAUGUUGUCACAAGUAAUGUUCCACAGGGUGAAGUCCGGAGAAGACUUAGCAAUAAAGGUGUUCAGGUGCCUUGGUUAUGUCCGAUGUGCAACAACGAUGUUGAACACCUGGCCCAUGUAUUUUUCGAUUGUAAUUUUGCUAGUGCUUGUUGGAGUGAAGUUCACCUGAACUAUGAUAUGUCUAUGGUGGAAGAUAUUCCAAAAUGGGUUAUUGAAAAGCUUAGCACAGGGUCAUCUACUGAAAUCACCAAAGUGUGUGCAGUUCUUUGGGGAAUUUGGAACUAG